UCUUCAUUUAGAAAACGAAAGUUACGCUUAAAACCUAUUUCUUAUAGAAACUUUAAAUGACCAUUAUUAACAGUACAUUUAAAAUAUUUGCCACACUGACAAAACAAACUAGUUCACACGAAACGACGAACUACACAUCUGUGAGUCAUUUGAGAGUCGACAAAGGAGAAAUAAACAAACACAAUGGCCACCUUAAAGGCCUCAUCAUCUGCGCAUUCCUCACAUGCAUGGGCCUGACCUUCCUGAUCCUGGCUUGCGCGGUGCCCACGCCCAAGAUCUUCUAUCCCUUCUUCGUCCUGCUCUUCUACGCACUGUCCGUUCUGCCGGUGUUCAUCGCCAAGCGAACCGUUCCAAAUGGAGAGACCAACCCGAAGACGGAGUUCGCCCUCUUCCUCACCGCCGGCAUGGUGCUGAGCGCCUUCGCCCUGCCCAUCGUCCUCGCCCACUCCUCGGUGAUCACCUGGACGGCGUGCACUCUGACGAUAAUUAGUAACCUCAUAAAUUACGGCACCAUCUUCGGCUAUGCCAUGCGCGAUGAAGAGCCAUACGGCAGCAUGUUCUAGGGAGGAUCGGAAGGAAACGUGAAGUCCAGUAACCGCCCAGCAGGAGGUCAGCUGGAAACCUGGCUAUUUUCUACAGUCAUUCAGCCAAUCUCAUAUUAUCAGUGUAUCCAGAUAACAUAACGCAAGCAAAAUAAACACAGUAGUAAAUAUUAGUUCAA